GUUCCGUAGACAAGACAAUUUAUCCACACUGCAGAGAGUAGAACUUAGAAAUCGUUGAGCCUAUUACCUCUGAAGUGUAAUCUCUCUCCUCUGUCGCUCCUUUGAUUUGGUCGUUGGCCAUGGAAAUGGCAGCUUCAAAACUUGUUCAAAUCCAUCACCACCACCACCAGCAUCGUAGCGUUGGACCGUGGUCGUUGUGGAUUAGGAAUGGCGGUAAAAUUGGGGGUUUUAGGCGUCCCCAAUUCUUUCCCUCCUAUUCAUCUUCUUUAUCUUCAAAUCCACCUCUGCAACUCCAAAUCUCACAUGGGUUCUGUGUUCUGGCUUCUCUCCCACCUUCUUCUUCCCCCACAACCACUUCCCAUUCCUCCACCAAACUUUACGUCAGCGGGCUCUCAUUUCGGACCACAGAAGAGAGCUUGAGGAAUGCUUUCCAACAGUUUGGUGAACUUGUACAAGUCAACUUGGUGAUGGAUAGAAUAGCGAAAAGACCAAGAGGCUUUGCUUUCCUUCGUUAUGCAACAGAGGAAGAAUCCACAAAAGCUAUUGAAGGAAUGCACGGGAAGUUUCUGGAUGGCAGAGUCAUAUUUGUUGAAGUUGCAAAACCCAAAUCUGAGCACCGCCAAGAUGUGCAGCAAAAGUGAAUACAGUAUUGACGAUGGCAGUAAUUUCGUUGGCGCUAUGGCAGUAAUUCACUUCCCAAUUGUUGCAAAUGUAAACUAGUCACAUCUCUCUCUCUCUCUCUCAAUUUUUUAUCUAUUCCCAGUCAAUUUAAACGAUGAUAAUUCUAUAUGAUCACGAGUAUAAUAGCUUGAUUUGUGAUUUUGUGUUAUACUUUGAUAAA